GGAGCAGGGAUGGGGGUGUGCCAGGCAAAGAUCUGUUUCAAGCUGGCGCCCAGGGACAGAGGAAGGGAGGGUCGGGCUUCUCCCUAUCCCUGCCCCCAGUAAGUGGAGGGGUGGAGAGCCUUCUUCCACACCUUCCGGAGAGCUCUUGCCUUGGGGCACUUUCGAAAAUGGCCCCAGGCCUGAGAGGCAGGAGGACUGGGCGGGGAGGAGGGUAGUCAGGUCCUCCCUGGGAGGAGGCGGUGGCUGUGCUCAGCCCAGGGUGGGACUGGGCCUUCCCCCGAGGCAGGAGGAAGGCCACUUCCCCCAAAGAGUGAUGGAGGCAGCUUUGGGGUGGGUAUGAAGGGGUGAGAAUUGAAAGUGAAACAGCUCACGUCCAGGAAAUACUCCCUCUGUUGAGGGUUCACAGAGCAGAUCAGGGCUGUGGCCAGGAUUGAGCAAAGAGGAAAACUGGGGCCAGGGACGGGACAGCAGGAUAGCGCUGCCCUCCACUGGGACCUGAGAAAUGGCAUCCGGGCAAGGCCCAGGCCCUCCCAGGCAGGAGUGUGAAGAGACUGCCCCGUCUGCUACUUCUGAGGAGCAGGUAGCCCGGGACACCGAGGAGGUUUUCCGCAGCUAUGUUUUUCACCGUUAUCAGCAGGAGCAGGAGGCUGAGGGGGCAGCUGCGCCUACUGACCCAGAAAUAGUCACCUUGCCCCUAGAACCUAGCAGCACCAUGGGGCAGGUGGGUCGGCAGCUCGCCAUCAUUGGGGACAACAUCAACCAGCGCUACGAUUCAGAGUUCCAGGCCAUGCUGCAGCGCCUGCAACCCACAGCAGAGAACGCCUAUGAACUUUUCACCAAGAUUGCCUCAAGUCUAUUUGAGAGCGGCAUCAACUGGGGCCGAGUGGUGGCUCUCCUGGGCUUUGGCUACCGCCUGGCUCUACACAUCUACCAGCACGGCCUGACCGGCUUCCUGGGCCAGGUGACCAAACUGGUGGUCGACGUCAUGCUGCGUCACUGCAUUGCCCGGUGGAUUGCGCAGAGGGGCGGCUGGGUGGCAGCCCUGAACUUGGGAAAUGGCCCCAUCGUGAACGUGCUGAUAGUUCUGUCUGUGGUUCUGUUGGGCCAGUUUGUGGUACGAAGAUUCUUCAAAUCAUGACUCCCAGAGGGGCCCUUUGGGGUCCUAGCUGAGACCCCCUGCCUGGGCUUCAGCCAAGCCGUCUCCCAUCCCCCCCUUCUCUACAGGGGUCCCCCCUCAAGAAUACAGAAGCUUUAGCAAGUGGACACUCCAGCUUUGGGAGGGCCCCUGCAUGGGGGUCAGUUAGGCUGCCAGGGGUGCCCCAACAUUGCAUGGUGCUAAUGGGCCCCCUCUCUGGGCCCCAUCCUGUCAGAGAGGGGCUAUAGCCUUCUUCCUCAGCUCUCUGGGACACCCUCAGCCCUAUCUAUUGGGCACUGGGGAGAUUUACAACUUGGAGAAGCAAGAGGCUAAGAGUCACUCUCCCCUCAAAAUUUUUAAUGGUUAUAUCUUUAUGUAAUACCCUUGGAAGGACCCUCCCCCCACCCAUUCCCACCAUUCUCCCCACGCCAGGAAGUCUGGGUGCGGGAGUUAGUAGACUACCCUGUGUUCCCCAGGAUUCAGCUAGGUGUUCUAGAAGGUCAGAGCUUGAUUGCUGGGCCUGGAGCCCAGCCCUGGCCCUUCCUAAGCUCUCCCCCUGCUCCACUCCCCCCCACCCCAUAUCACCGUUGCAGUGGACUCUCAGGGAUUCUGGGCCUCAGUGUGGGGUAGAGAUGGAGUUGAGGGUGCAGACCAGAGCUGUCAGAACCUCAUCAGCAGCCCCCAAGCCCCCCUCCCAAGAUCCUCAGUUCUCUCCCUUCCCCUCAUCUAUUACCACUUAAAUCCAACCUAUUCACUACAAGUGAAGCCCACCCUGCCCCCAUCACUCCAAAUAAGGAAGGAGGAGGGGUCUUGGGUAAGUGGAGUGCUGAGGUUCCCUCCUUGCCCAGCCUACAGAAUUUAGGACUGGUUUGUUAUUGUCAGGGAAAGGGGGUAAGGAACUCGUCUUGAGGUUUCUGAGAAAAGAGCUGUUAAUGCCACUAGGAACCCUGGGGUUGGGAUCUUCCCUCACGGCCUGGGCACAGUGUAAUCCGGGGGUGUGGAUGGGGAAACUGUGAAUACUUGAACUCUACACCCCCCCGACCCCCACUCUCCACACUCCUCACCUGCCUAAGCCCCUCCUGUGGGUGGGGUGGGAAUGCCUUGUCUAUCUUGCACAGUCUAGGGGUUUGGGGGUAGAUUAAGCCAAAUGCAGGGAGGGGAUGCAGACGGAACCCACUGGCCAGCCCCCACCUUCUGAGUGUGUCUGAAAUAAACUGCAAUCUCUGAUUCCCA